CAGCAACUCUCCAGUGAGGUGGGCUCACAACUUCUGCACCGACGUCAACAAACAGCCGCAGGAGCAACUCAAUAAAGAGCAGAGAGAACCCCGGAGCAGAUUGUUUCACAUGUUUGGAUGAGAAGAAACUUCAGUGAUGAUAUUUUAAGAAGUGACUUCAAGCGAAGUUUCAAUUAAGGAUUUUCUCUUAUUGCAAUUUGCGAACGUUUGGCUCAAAACGACUUUUGUUGGCGGAAAGAUGACGGUGACAUAACUUUACAUCUCUGGGUCGCCUCGUUUCUCUUUCAGGAAAUUUAUCUCAAUGAAGAGUCUCUAACCCGGGCCGACACACUCGGUGGCCGGGAGCCUACAGGACGCAGGGAACCGUGAACCCCAGCGGCUUGCCGGGAUGGUGUGCCUGCUGAACUGCCUGCUGCUGGGUUAUCUGACCUGGAAUCUGCGGAUAUCGGACGCACAGGGGGAGUACUGCCACGGCUGGCUGGACUCUAAUGGGAAUUAUCAUGAUGGCUUCCAGUGUCCGGAGGACUUUGACACCAUGGACGCCACCGUGUGCUGCGGCUCCUGCUCGCUGCGCUACUGCUGCGCGGCCGCGGACGCACGGGUGGACCAGGGCAGCUGCACCAACGACAGGGAGGAGGACAACACAGAGUUUGCAGCGCAGCCCAUCUACGUGCCCUUCCUAAUGGUGGGAAGCAUCUUCGUCGCCUUCGUCGUGGUCGGCUCUCUGGUGGCCGUCUACUGCUGCACCUGCCUGCGGCCCAAGCAGCCGACCCAGCAGCCUAUUCGCUUCUCCCUGCGUAGCUGUCAGGGUGAAACCAUCCCCAUGAUCCUCACCUCCGCUCCUCCGAGCCUCCGCGCCCCCUCGCGACAGUCCAGCACGGCCACCACCAGCUCUAGCUCGGCUGGAGGCGGCAGCUCAAUGCGGAGGUUUUCUCUCGGAGGGCCGGGGCAGCAGCACGGCUGCCUGGUGUCUGCCACCGUCUCCUCGUCAGCCUCCACCCCCACUCAGACUCUGCCUCCACCUCCACCUCCCCCCUACACAUCCCCACCAGCAGCCAUGUCAGGAGGCAUGCAGCAUCCACUGCCAUCCACCCACACCCACACCCAGCUACAGCUCCACCAGACCUCUCACCCCACUCAGACCUUCCUCCUGCCACAGCAGUACUUCUUCCCUCUGCAGCCCGACGCCUUCUCGGCAGCCAAGGGCUUUGCCGACUUCGGACAGAGCUGACAGGGCUCCCUGCGGGGGGAAAUAGAGGGUUUACCAAGAUUCCUAGAUGGUUGGAUGUGAGUCGGCGAGGACAAACACACUGCAACACAGCUGGUGGUGUUUGGGUGGAAGGCCCGGCCGGCUGAACAGUCCUGGAGGACGAGGGAUAAAGUACGACAAAGCUGCGUGGCCUGAGGCGCUUCCCCCUUCUGCAUCACAGGACACAUCAGAGCUCAACAGACCUGUUGAGGCAGUAACAGUGUCCAAUCUUAUGCACUUUUAUCUUCUAUUGUGAACAGACCUCACUGGCCUUACUUUCUUUCUUUUAUAAAGGUUGUUUUUCAAAGGGGACAUCCUACAAUACAGACUAGAAUCUUGCCAAUUUAUCACAAACCUUCCUCCUGCAGACGGCACCAACACUGUCACUCUGAGACUCAUUGCUACACGAUUAGAAAUAGAUGUUGGAAACCAGGGAAAUAUUGUUGUUUUUUUGACAAUCGUAAGGACUUCUGAAAGAGGAGAGGAUCUGAAACACAAAGGACAUUUCAUUUGGGAGGAAAUGUGGACUUUUCUAAGAUGUUGUACAGGCAUUAAACCCAGAGCAAGGUUGUCAUAUUGAUUCCCUAAUUUACAGCUAAAAUAAAACGUCGUCUCUCAGAACUUUCUGUGCACUGAUAAAUGUGAAGUCUGUUAAAGUGAAAUGUUUGUGCUCUGAAAGAAGCCUCAUCAUCAUCACUCAGACAGAAAGGAAACCGGAGCGGUCGCGCCUGCACAGCGGCUCACUACCUGUCGCUCACUCUUGCGCCAGACUUCACAGCAGGAAUGCAGCGCUGAGAUCAGUCAUUGUCAGUGUUCAAUGAGCAUGGCAUGGUCACAGUGUUAAAAACAACUCGGCCCAGAAAUAGAGGUUUAGGUUGCACCAACAGGUAUAGCAAAACCUUGACAAAGAGUGUUCUGUUCUCCAGCUAUCUCUCUGUGAAAUGGACGUAGCGAUCAGUGCGUCGUGAAACCCCGCACACCGUUCAGUCUGAGGAUGUUCGCGGCUACAUUUCAAAGUGCUGUUCGAUCGCAAAAUACAACUUACCUGACUGAUUCCAGUGUUAACUUCUUCAGGUGUCGUUUAUACUCGCAGCUGUCAGAUCGCACAGCGGUUCUCACAUUCCACGCUCUGCUUUAUAAAAAGGUAUAUUCUUUCUUAUCUUUGCCAGGACAGCAACACGUUUCCAGGUCUGAUUAUUACUCCUCAUGCUGAAUGCUUCUACUUUAUUCUAACAGAUUUAAUCAAGUCACAGUCAUAUAUAAUGACACGAUUUUAAUGAAAUCAAACCACAUGUUUGGUUGGCAUUUCUUCAACAACAGCCAGUCGAUGUAUUGACCUUCCCUGAUUAUCUCUCUGUAUAGUAGUUGUUGUUAUUAGUGGCGGAGUCCGCCAAACCGUCUACCUGCUCACACGGGAUGUCCUUAAGAUGUGUUCUAAUCAUAAAUAAGUAUUGAUCAGCGAUCCCAGACUGUAAACAGUGUAUGAAUGUGACGCUGCAGUUUGAAAUAAACAUAGUGAUGAAACAU